AUGGAAACACACAUUGGUUUUCAUAAGACCAAAUCUUUUUGGCAUAGAACUGGAUAUGUGAGUAUUCACUUCAUGGAUGUGCGUGGUCAAUCUGGGGGUAUUUGGGUGUUAAAGCAGAAUGGUACUAAUAUUGUUACUGUCCAUUGGAAAACACUUUCCAAUGUCUUUAACGAUAUCAUUCACCCAAGUGAACAAAAAGGAGAUGAUUUUAACCAUUCUAGGGUCGUUACUUUGUUGAAUGUCAUUGAUAAAUGUAAUUUAGUUGAAGUUGACAUAAUUGGUAGGAAAUUCACGAGGAAUAUGCCUUGUAGUACUAAUCAAAUGGUUUAUCACGAGAUGGAUAAGGUCAUGGGUUAUGUUACUUGGCACAUGACCUUCCCUGAUGCAUAUGUUGAGGUGUUGUGUAAAUUUCAUUCCACGAUCACAACAUCAUUCUCCUUAGUUGUGGCCUUCUCCUCCAAAACCAUAUGCCACGUUCUUUUAGGUUUAAGGCAGCUUGGAUCACUCACCUAG